UGGGAGUUGUGAUGGUUCUGUCUGUGACCGAGGUUGGGUCUGAUCAUCCCCGGUGCCUGCUCUGAGUUGCUCCUUGCUUGGUACACCCCUGCACUUAACUGCCAGCGCCCUAUUAAUCUGGAGCCAGUUCUGCCGGACUCCCCGCCGGGAAGCUCCCAGCCCCUCCGCCAGACCUCCGGGCCCCUCGCCUCCCGCAGCCGGGCGACCCUAGUGAAUCACAUCCGGAAUGAGGGGGCACGAGGGGCGGAGCGCACCCCGGAGGAGACUGCCUCCCCGUCUCGCACUCACGGCGCCACCACCGCCAGUCGCAGAGCCGCCCCUCUCACGGAACUCUUCGUGUCUCCCGUGCACCCCAGUCCCUUCAGGUCAGAGGCUUCCGCAGGUGAUGGCGGACGAGGGUGAGGGCGUCCUGGAAACCACCGCGCGCCUGCCAGCGGGCCUCGCGCGGGAGGGGGGCUCGCGCCUGGCCCCGGCGGCUGGGGCCCGAGAAGCCAGGGGAUACGGGCACCCCGACCCCUCAGAUGGCCCGAGGACCGCCCCGCCUGUCCUCGGGCUCCCGGGAGCGUCCUCUGUGGCGACUCAUCCUACCCUGGAAAACGGCCUUGUUGGGGGCGAGGCCCCCAAAACCUGUGGCGCAGUGGGGUCGGGGGCCCAGGCUGAAGCCCGCGAGAAGGCCAAGGAAAUGACGAUUGAGGAGGGCGCCAUCUUCUCGGAGGAGGCGGAGGGGGAGGUGCAAAAGCAGCAGGUGGGCGAGGAGAUGGAGGUGGCUGAGAAGCUGGUCGAGGAGGAGAAGCUGGAGGUGGGAGUGGAGGCGCAGGAGGGCCCUGGGCCGCUACACCUUGAUGGCCCAGUUGUGGACCCACUGGAGGCCAUCCAGUGGGAGCUGGAGGCUGUGAGUGCCCAGGCAGACAGGGCCUACCUGCAGCUGGAGCGGAGGUUUGGGCGCAUGCACCGCUUGCACUUAGCCCGUAGGAGCUUCAUCAUUCAGAAUAUUCCUGGCUUCUGGGUCACCGCCUUCCUGAACCACCCGCAGCUGUCAGCCCUGAUCAGCCCCCGAGAUGAAGACAUGCUCUGCUACCUGAUGAAUUUGGAGGUGAGGGAGCUCAGGCAUGCCAGGACCGGCUGCAAGUUCAAGUUCCGCUUUUGGAGCAAUCCCUACUUCCGGAACAAGGUGAUCGUGAAGGAGUAUGAAUGCAGAUCCUCAGGCCGGGUGGUGUCUAUCGCAACUCGCAUCCGAUGGCACCGGGGCCAGGAGCCCCCUGCUCUGGUACACAGGAACCGAGAGACUGUCCGCAGCUUCUUCAGCUGGUUCUCACAGCACAGCCUCCCAGAGGCUGACAUGGUUGCCCAGAUUAUUAAAGAGGACCUGUGGCCCAACCCCCUGCAGUACUACCUGCUGGGGGAUAGGCCCCACAGGGCCAGGAGAGGCCUAGCACGGUGGCCCACAGAGCCUCCUUCAAGGCCCUAUGGGUUCCAGUCUGGCUAAGCCCUGCCCUGGAACCUGGCCCCUACCUACAUGAGACUCCCUUCUACUUCCUGUGGACCUCUGCUUAGGCCAGCAGUGGCACUCUGUCGUCUGCCUUCUCCUACAUGCACUCCGGCCCCUCUGGACAUUCAGCGGACACAGCUCCAAGUUGAGGCCUUCAUGAUGACGUUCUUCUGUUUCCAUAUGGCCUUCAUGCGUCACAGGAGUCACAGGCCACAGUGUCUAUCCCAGUACCCAGGGCUGCAAAUAUGUACUGCUGUCAUCUUCGGGCCCACCUUUGAUCAUGGCCUCCCCACCCAUUUCUGAGAUGGCGCCCACGAGUCAUUGCUGGAAGGACCAGUGCCUCUGCAAGGUCACAACAUGCUGCGCUUCAUAUUUAUGCUGGCUCUGCACAUGGGCUGUGGCCAGCUGCGUCUCAUCACCCACGACAAAGUGGGUGCACUGUGCUGGCUGUCAACUGCACUUGGACAUUCUAGGGCCUCAGAGCUUCAGGAUGACAGGCCAGGCUACUGGACUGUGGGACAUCCGGUAAAAUGGGCACACAGACAGCAGAGGGCUGUUGUGCAUGGGUGAGGUCAAGGACGUGAGGCAGUGGGCAACACAUUCUUUGUGAUCACACUGACGUCACCCAUGUGGGUCCUGCUUCACAGUCUGCUAUCUGCACAGGCCUGUGCUCUACCUUACCGAUGUCUGGCUGUCACCCUUCUCAUGAGUUUGGCUGAGGUUGCCACCAGCCCUUUUGCCUGCUCCCAGGUCUAUAAGGACCUCAAGAACUGCCAGUGGAGCCAGGUUGGCCACCUGUAAAUGCACAAGACCCCUCAAACUCCCAGGAACUCUGCUGUGCUGGCAUUUCUGGGCAUGGGCUCAAGGCAUGGGCAAUGACUGCGUCCCUUCCUGAGCCCUGGUCACUGGACUCCUACAGAGUCCAUCUCCCCGUUUCUCCGUGUUCUUUAGGCUGCCAGGUUGGGGCUGCUGGGGAAGGGGUGUUUCUGGUCUGGGGGCUUCCACCUUCCCGAACUCACAUCUCUUCAUUUCCUUUAAAGUGACAGCCCAGAGAUAAACAACUGAAGAAGCAAGGUUUUUUAUAAACAGUUGAGGAGACAGGCUUUUUUGUUUAAUUUGCCUCUCUUUAUCCCCUCUGCUCCCAUGCCCUUCCCCUUUCAGCAAGGUCUAGAAUCUUCAAAGGGGAACAGUACAGGGCUGCUCAACAGGGAGACCAGGAGGUAGGGCCCCCCAGGGGUAAGGGUUCUUAACCGUUUUGUUUCUGCUGCGCUCUUUUGGACUGACUUUGGCCCGACUCUCUCCUACCAGGUCCAGUGCCCCUCCCAGGAUCCUAUAGGUACAGGGGCUUAGUUGUGCCGCUCUCUGCAACCCAGUUCCCUUUCCUAGGCUUUUGUUGCUGUUUCCAUCUUAUUUUAGGGGUGACAAUACCUAGUCCCCUUCCCAUGAAAGGCCUUGUCUUCUCCGCACUUGGGGAGGCCUUGAAACAAACUAGUGGGGGAUACGCUCUUGGCCAGGGAGAAGCCAGAGCCAGCUGGCAAGGCGGGGAUACCUGAGUGCUGGUGGAGCAGAAGGAAGGGAGCCCUGACUCUUCCUACCUUUACUCAUUGACCAGUACGUGUAUUAAGAACUAUGAACAGAACACUGCAUCUUUACAGAUUCUCUCCAUCCAGGUAAAAGCUUGUGUUUGUGGAAAGUUAAUUCUGUUUUCCAUUUCACUGCUUAUAAGCAAGAACCUGUGUAUCCCCUUCUCCAUUUCUGCCAGGGAAAUUGAGUUGACAAGGCCUGCUUGUUGCUUUGAGUUGAGAACAUUUACAAGAAUGUCACUAAUUUUUUGAUACCAUUUGGGCACUUACGUGGCUAUUCAUGAUUGUUACCAAAUUGUUGUGGCCUGAUAACAUAACCCUGUACUUAGAAAUAGUUUUGAAUAUGGUGGUUUAUACUGUUACUGUGUUGUGAGGGUGACCUCCCAAAGGAAACCUGUAACUCGGGUAGUCUUGACGAUUCUGUGCUCCGGUUGCCAUGUUGGAACCAACAUCACUGUAUUGAUAUCUCUGCUUCUAAACAAAUAUUCGUGAUGUGGCUUUGUCCGAUCAGAAUAGGAUUCAUGGCACUUUUAUCCUCUGUAUGCAUGAUGAAAAAAAUAAAACCCUUUCAGUCUGGGGGAAAAACCAA